CUCUGUGACUCCGACCUUCAGGAUAGGAUAGUCAGCUGCCUCUGUGAGCUGGUUGAAGCCUGUAGUGCUCACAUCCAGUCUGGCUGGCGGCCUAUAUUCUCAGCUUUACGCUCACUUCGACUCGAUUUCCUCCUGCCUCAACCCGAGAGCCCUCAAUUGUUCUCCCAACCUAAUGACAAGUAUACGGAAACAAUCGAGGAGCAGUCAACGGCUACAUCUUGCACUAUCGCCUAUGACGAGCCUCAAAGUUCUCCUGCCAAGCAUGCAACUGCGGCCUCUCAGAAUCUCUUAUCUCGGCCUUGUGACAGUGGUGGUAGUUUACUUGAAACCUCUUCACCACUAGGCAUGACAGACGAAUUCAGCCAUCUCGGCGACAGAGGUCUGUGCAGCAACAUAGGUCUAGCUGUAGAGGGAAAACAGCGUCAAGGCGAGGCGAUAAUGGAAAUAUUCGAGAUUUUCCUUUCCAAUCCCAAUAAUGUGGCAAUUUUUUCCGAGGCGGCUGUCAAUUGCCUGCUCUGUCUGCUGCAUUACAUCAGCGCAGGCUCUGCAUCAGAGCGGGAGACAUUACCAUUCACUGAUGGAGCCUCUGUCUCCGUUUCGGGUGGCGGGCCGUCUUCGACUCUAGAUCACAUCUCUAAGCCAGCAUCCGUAAGGACGGAGACCGCCUAUGAUGACUUCGUACCUGGCCCCGAGGCCAUGCUCGUGCGUACUAGUGCCACCGUUGAGUCCAAAAAUGCUGAGUGCCCCAUGGCUCAGAUGGACUCGAACAAUGGUAAUGGAGCCUGUUCCCCAAUUCUUAUCGUUAUUUUAUGUCAAUCUUGCUGA